AUGAGUAGUUGUACCGAGUGGUGUAAAAUGAGUCAGAAGAACAAAAUGCAAACCAACGCACUUCUGGGUGGGCUGGUGACGCUGGCACUGGGUGGCAUUUACGUCGGUUCCAGCAUUUUCAACAUUCAUCUACGGCUUCAAGGGUGGACGAGCGGUCAAUCGGACGCGAUGAUACUGCUGGUGGUGAAUCUGUUUUUCGUUGGAACCAUUAUUGGAUCAUUUAUUUCAGCUUUCCUGGUGGAUCGCAUCGAGAAGCUCACCUUGUCGAGGUUCUACUUUGCCGGUAUGGGUGUCGCUAGUGUCCUGCAGGCCGUCUUGCCUAGAAGCAUCAUAGCAAUCGGGUUUGCACGCCUCCUAGCUGGCACUGCACACGGAAUGGCCUACGUGAUUGUGCUUAUUCACGGUGGAGAAGUGCUGGUCAAAGAGCUCCGAGGCAUAACAAUGGCCGCCGUCAACUACAUCCUGUUCCUCGGAAUCCUAAGUGACGGUCUCAUCAGUCCCAUCGUCCUGUACAACAGCAACGUACAACCGGCUCGCAUUGUCGGCAUUGCUGGAGCCAUGUCCGUUCUGUUUGCCGUAGCCGUUGGGCAGUUUAUGAGCUAUGAAUCACCCGUGUUCUUGAUACGGAAGGAUCGUGAUGCGGAAGCAGUUCGCUCGUUGAUGAAACUACGCCUGGAAUCGACGGAAACGAUCGAAGUUCGUCAAGCAUUCGUCGACAUCAAGGUGAUGCUUCGGGAGGAUUCCUGCACGUCCAAUUCGAUUGUGGCUGAUGGCAACUGGCGACCGCUGGCGUGGAUAUGCUUGGGAAAGGUCGCCGCUACACUGUCCUUCAAUGCUGCCGUGAAUCUUGUUCGACUGACCUUCAUCGAUGAUAUCUUCUACAUAGAAGUCUACAGCCUUUCCGGUUUGGUUAUUCUGGGAAUGAGGGCCCUGUUUGGGAUCGUCUUCAUCUACACCGUAGACAAAUACGGUCGGAAAAAGCAGCAGGCGUUAUCUGCACUGUUCAGUGGAGCAGUUCUAUCAUUUAUGGGGAUUGUGUUCCUCAUCGUGGAAUCUAUUGACCGGUAUGCAGUAUUUGCUGUGUUUCUCGUCUACGAUAUGUUUGCCUGCGCCGGAGUGACCCUAGUGCCGGAUGUACAUCUCUCGGAAGCGUUUCCAACAACGAAGAAAAGCUUCUCGGUUGCGACCGUGCUGACAGUCGAGAGCCUGACUCACGUCCUGAUUCUGUCCAUUGGCUCGCUAUCGUGGGAUUAUACCGAUUACGACUUCUAUGGGAUCAUUCUGCUGACCUGUGGGCUACCAAUGAUGACGAUCGCUGCCUUUUUGUAUCUGAUGAUCCCGGAAACGGCAAAGCUCAGCCUCCGGCAGUCGAGGGCUGCCUUCGCGCAGAAUGAUGCCAUCUACGAAACGGAACGGCAGCCGAGUGAAAGUUCUGGUAGUUGUUGA